GCCCUCCAAACCUCUCCCACCACCCCCGCUCAAUAAACCCCUCCACAUACGCCUUCUGCCGCCUCCCGUCCUCCCACAUCCCAGGCUGGCUACUAACCGACAUGUACCCGCCGCUGUUCAUCGCGAGCAGGUGAGGGAGGAUGCGGGUGGAUUCGGAUGCGAGCGGGGUUAAUUGCGUGGCGGAGGAGGUGAGUGUGCCGGUGAGGAAUGCGCGGGUGAGGAGGAGGUGGUCGGCGAAGGUGUUGGUGGGACGAUGGAAGAGGUGGUGCCCCGGGAGAGCGGGGAUGGGGUGGGUUUGGUUGUCGAGAGUCGAACCGGGGAGGGGUGGCAUGGUAGCGGGCUUUUGUUUCUGGACGGCUUCGUUGGGGUGUUGGACGCUUUCGUGGGGAUGCUUGUACAACGUGGACAUGGAAGACAUGGAAGACUGAUUCCAGGUUGUCUGCUUGUUGCCGCGACAACACUGCCAACGGACCGCCGAAGAGACAACAAUGAUGGGAGAAGAAGUACCACCGCCGUCGCCACCGCCACCCAAGCAGAACCCUUACCUAGCUCAUUGGGACGACCCGCAGCUUUCGACCUACCUCCCUUCCGGCAGACAUCCUCCUCACGCCCAUGGGCAACAUCCCCGCACUCUUGGAGCCGGGAGCGUCCGAUCACAAAUUGCUCUCGUACCGAGACAGGUGAAACGACGGCUACCAGGGGCUGCUUCUUCAAUUAUACCUAGCGUCAGGCCUGUGGUCACCCCGCCGCCGGCUGUGCCUCGGCCCGUUGCAGUAGUUACUGAUCACGCACCACCGCCGGUCCAAACGAUCUUACAACAACCGGCAGAUACCCAAGAGCAGCAUGUCUCAAAGCAGCAGCAACAAAAAGCGCCCUCGACAACUGUUGCAAAACCCCGCGUCCGCCCAACCCACUCCCACGGCAACUACGACCGCUACUACCGCAAACGGACGCACCGCGCGCGGGUCGACACGCGGCUUGCCCUGUUCGACAAGGACUGGUUCAGGGGCAAAAAGGUGCUCGAUGUCGGAUGCAACGCGGGAGUCAUGGCGAUCCAGAUUGCGAUGCUUUGCGGCGCGGCGGAGGUGGAGGGCGUCGAUAUCGACCCGCUGUUGGUGAGGAAGGCAAGGGCGGGUGUGGUAAAUCGGGCGUCGUUGGUCCAGCCGGAGCGAGAGAGCACGGUGGAGCAGGAUGCCGAUGCAGAUAGGGGAGAUGCUAUGGACGUGGACAGGGAUGGGGUUGCAGAGCCAGUGGACUCGCAUGCAUUGGACGUUGACUAUUUCCCGCAGAGCUGUACGCAUCUAUUUGGCCCACUCCCCAUCGUCGACGAGCCAAUCAGCACCGAUGCUCCAUCAAACCCAUACGGCGCCCCACCACCGCCCCCACCGCGCUUCCCGGCCAACAUCAAAUUCCGCUGCGGCGACUGGCUCCACGAACCCAAUCCCUCCCUCGCGACCCACAAAUACGACGUCAUCCUCGCCCUCUCCAUCAGCAAAUGGAUCCACCUCAACCACGGCGACGCGGGCCUCCGCCGCUUCUUCAAACGUUGCUACCACUCUCUCAACGAUGGCGGUGUCUUGCUACUUGAGCCGCAGCCGUGGGACUCGUAUACGAAGGCGGAUAGCCGGCUGGAUGAGGAGAUGAAGGCGAAUAUGAGGAACAUACAAUUGAGGCCGGAGGGGUUCGAGGAGGUGUUAAGGGAGGAGAUCAAGUUUGGGGAAGUCGUGUGUUUGGGACGGUCGGAGAAUGCGACGCCGAGUUUUCGGAGGCCGAUAUUUCGGUGUGUCAAGUAGCGUAGGGGAUAGUAUGGCGUAGCUGCUGUUUGGAGAUUGCGGGUAUUUAUGACAGAAGAGUCGACUCCUGGAUCCGGUAGGAGGGUGGGCGGUUUUUGGUACUCUGAAGGCAAGCAAGCGACGGAACGGGAGGGCCAUCUCUCCGCACGGACGUCAAUAUAUACCACUCUUCCUCCGC